GAGAAGACUAGUGCUGAGUUAGUGGAAGAUGCUCGAAGAAGUUAGCCAGUAUCUCUCCCAAAAGGGAAAAGUAAAUAAGGAAAAAAACAUCACAGGGGGUUAUCCUGGACGCAGAACUGGACUUAGCCAAAAGAAAUGUUCAGGAUCUCCAGGAACGAGUCAAAUAUAAGAGCAAGUGUUACACUGUAUCAGAACUGCCUGAAAAUGGUAUUAGAAUGGAAACUGGCCUUCCAACAAAGGAAGUCUUCAAAAUUGUUGUAAGACAUGCCUCUAACUUUAAAGAUUCCAUCGAUUAUUUCAGGGGCUGGAAGGUUAAAUCAGUCACUUUUGAGGACCAGAUAUUUAUUGCCCUAAUGAAGGUCAGGAAAAACGACACAAACCAUCACUUGGUUCAACUGUUUAAUUGUAGUGUUGCUACAAUUCGCCACAUCAUCACAACUUUCAUUCAUGUAUUGCAUAGCAUUUUCUUUCAUGACAUAAUGACAUCUAUUCCCACACAAGAAACAACCUAG